CGGAAAUUUCCUACGCUAUAUCUAUAAAUUAAGACAAAUCUAGGCUUGAAUGCAAGACUGUCUGCCCUGGAAAGUCCAACGAUAUCUGUGAUGAUCCUCUACAAGAGACGCGUUUUUCUAAAUUGCCAAUGCGUGUAACAUGUGUAUUUUACAAAAAAUACAAAUAAUUGGAUUUCGUUGACCUCACGAUGUUGUUGUUUGUUCACGGUCCCGCGGAUGGCUUGUCACGGGUCCCUUAGUCAGAGGGUCACACUCAAAGUGACGUAGUAUUUUCAGCUUUGGGAGCCACAGACGGACAUUUUGGCCGUGACACAUCUUAUUUUAGUUUCUCGAAGCCACCUGUUUACCACAAACCAUGGCGGAUGCUCCACCUCCCUACUCGCCGUACCCAACGAAAGAAGGUCUUGCCGAUCCUUCACCGCCCGCCCAGGCGUAUACCUACCAACAACCCGCCACACAGACCAUUGUGAUGACCACUACUAGUCCUGCCGCCCAGCCCCUCAUCAAGAUCAACCCCGCCAGCUUCCCGGUGGAGCCGGUACAGCUACAGUGUCCACACUGCAACGCCACUGUCCGCACGGACACUCAGAUGGUCACCGGAGCAGUCACCUGGCUCGUCUGCUUCGUACUCAUCGUCAUGAUAAUCGGCCUUAUUGGAGUCUGCUUCGUGCCUUUCUGUGUGGACUCCACCAAGGACGUGCGGCAUACCUGCCCCAACUGCAAGAACCACCUGGGAACUUAUCAUAGAUUGGGUUAAACAAACAAACAAACAAACAACAUAUAAAUAGCACAUGCUACCUUGCAUGUAUCGGGCAUGUUGGUUGUGUGUAGAAUUAUAGAAGCACAGAAACUGUGUUUCUUGAAUAUUCAAUUUGUAAUUUAUUAUCAUAGUUUGAAAUAGGAACGUCACGGAAUGUAUCUCAUUGCUCAAAGCACAACAUUCAACAGCAAGCUACACUUUUUCUUUUUUUUGGCGAAUGAGUUAAAAGACAUUUGAGUGAUAUUGUGUGCAUAUGAAUGUUAGUGAAAUAAUGCACUGUAAAUACAAUUGAUAGGACAUAUGACGAACAAUCCUCUGUGAUGAAUAGGAAUAAAGACAGUUCAACGAUCUUUUGAA